AUGGGUUCGCUCGCUGGCCAGACGAGCUCAUCUCCGGACAUGGCCCGUCCGCCGCCUCUCAUGACUACCCCAGACGAUGGCGAGGCAGAAUAUCGCGCCCAGGUGUUGCGGCUGUCGUCGCAACGGUCAGAAGCAGAUGUUGAGGAGGAACUGGUCGCAAAGGCAACAGCCCUGGGGAUUCCAACGUCCCGGUUUGCACACGAUAAGCGCAAUACCUCGAGCGCGGAAUCGCAGACUUCGACCAUCGCGACGCAACAUGUCCGCACGUUUUCAAAUGCCUCGCGAGAUUCGGCCAGCACAACCUUGACAUCUCAUCCGUCUUUACAUGCGGUUCCGAUUGCCGCCGACGUUCCUCCGCAUUCCCUCGCAAGGAAACGCUCCAAGAGCCUCAGUUUCUCUCAGUACGACAAGUAUCUGUCGCAAAUAGAUCCCAAUAUUCACCAACCCAAGAUCCAAAAGGCACCUCCGGCCAUACCACACGACACAACCGCACACAGCCUCUUUAGCGUGACUUCAAGAAGAAGCUACUUUAGCAUCAAAGAGGGCAUUAGGAAAAUACGAUGGAAGCGCAAGUCUGGCUUGCUAGAAUCCACAAUAUGCAAAGCUCAGUUUUGCUACAUCUGCGGCGCCAUCUGGGAUCCAUCCGUGGGUUGUCCCAACUUUUGCAACGGAGACGAAGAAUUGGAGCGCAGGAGAAUGGAGGAAGAGGCCAGAGAAGCUGAACUGGAGGCGGAAAAGGUUGCUCAAGAAGCAGCGGCAGCCGCCGAAGCCGCCGAAAAGGUCGAAGCAGAGAAGCGGACCCGUGAGAACGCGCAGUUCUCUGCAUUGCAAGACGAGAUGAACGAAGAGCUGGAUCGAUUCCGGGCGUAUUUGAGGAAGAAGAAAGGGUUCAUGUGGACGCGACACGCCGAGAAGAAGCAGGCUUUGACGGACCGAUACUCGGACCAGAUCGACAAGAUGAAAGAGCGCCACGCGAAGACGGCUGCUCACUUGGAGGAGCGUCAGAUUGAGGCUGAGAUGGAUCUUCGGUCAACGCUUGACCAGAGCGAGAAGAGCGUCAAGAUUCGCCUCAAGCACAUGGAGGCGUACUGCGAUGGGCUUGGCCGGACGCAGAAUGCCGAUCUGCCACCACGAGUAGUUACGGAGAGGGACCUACGCCUGCUGGGACAACAGUACAAUGUGCGAGAUGGCAUGGAGCGUUUGCAUCAGGCAAAAAUCAACGUUUUACGAGACCGGCAGGCUAAGCGCAUGGAAGAGCUUUUGGAACGACAGGAGCAAGAACUUGAGAAACUGACCGACAAGAAAGAGCAGGACAUAGAGAAUCUGGCAACGGAUUUUGCGCAAGAAGAAGAUACCCUGGUCAAGAUUUUUAAUGACCGCAAGCAGAGACUGCAACGACGUUGGUUGAUUGCAAUCGAAAUACUCCGAAAGGAACUGGAGGAACAGACUGGGGAGCAGUAUGCAUCGCUCGACCUACCCACAUGGCCCGACGAUACCGAGACUCAGGAUGAGAUCCUAGCAUCAUCGCUUCCCGAGUCUCUCUCAAGCAGGGACUAA